AUGAUUCUUACUAAAGGUUAUUCAGUGGGCUCCAAUGUUAAUUUUUUUCUACGUAGAAUAAUUUGUUUUCAGGGUCAUUACCUAAAUAGAAAUGAAGGAGAUCGUGCCACUCAUUGUCAAUGUCAUAUCUCGGGACAACAAAAUCGAAAUUUCUUUAAUUUAACUAAGCCGAGUCGAAGAAGAGAAUAUUGUGGAAGGCAGUUAGUUGGAUUUUCAAUGGACCAGAUGUUUGAAGUUGUGUCAGAUGUAGAAAAUUAUUACAAGUUUGUACCGUGGUGUAAACAAUCUAUUGUGUUAAGGAGAAGCCCUGGACAUCUUGUUGCAGACUUAAAAGUUGGUUUUCCACCAAUAAAUGAAAGUUAUACAUCUAAUGUAACCAUAGUAAAACCAUAUUUAGUUAAAGCAGAAUGCAUGGAUGGCAGAUUGUUCCAUCAUUUAUUAACUUUAUGGAGGUUCAGUCCUGGAUUAAAAAGAAAGCAGCAGACAUGUGUGGUUGAUUUUCAAAUAUCAUUUGAGUUCCGAUCAGCUCUCCAUUCACAAUUAUCAAAUUUAUUUUUUGACCAAGUAGCUAGACAAAUGGAAGGAGCUUUUAUAAGGGAAGCUGGAAGGAGACAUGGCCCUGCAACAAUGGAGCCAAGAAAUUUGCUACUUAAAAAUCAAGCUCUGAAAAGUUGA